AGGCGGAGUGUCGGGAGCGGGCCGGAGCGGGCCAGGCCGGGCAGGCCGCCGGCGUCCAGGGGACGCGGCGGGCGGCGGGCGCGCGAGGAUGGAGCUGAACUCCCUGCUGAUCCUGCUGGAGGCGGCCGAGUAUCUGGAGCGCAGGGACCGAGAGGCCGAACACGGCUACGCGUCGGUGCUGCCCUUCGACGGCGACUUCGCCAGGAAGAAAACAAAGGCGGCUGGCCUGGUGCGCAAGGCCCCGAACAACAGGUCUUCACACAAUGAACUUGAGAAGCACAGACGAGCCAAGCUCAGGCUGUACCUGGAGCAGCUGAAGCAGCUGGUGCCGCUGGGUCCCGACAGCACACGCCACACCACGCUGAGCCUGCUGAAGCGCGCCAAGAUGCACAUUAAGAAACUGGAGGAGCAGGAUCGCCGGGCGCUGAGUAUCAAGGAGCAGCUGCAGCGUGAGCACCGCUUCUUGAAACGGCGCCUGGAACAGCUGUCUGUGCAGAGCGUGGAGCGUGUGCGUACGGAUAGCACCGGCUCCGCCAUUUCCACUGACGACUCCGAGCAAGAAGUAGACAUAGAGGGCAUGGAGUUUGGCCCAGGUGAGCUGGACAGUGUGGGCAGCAGCAGUGACGUGGACGACCACUACAGCCUGCAGAGCGGUGGCUGCAGCGAUGGCAGCUACGGGCCCCCCUGCCGGCGGCCUGGCCGCCCUGGCCUCUCGUAGG